AUGAGCGAGAGAGAGACGAGGGACUUCAUGAGCGUCGACUCCUUCUCCCAGCUCCCCUUCAUUCGUUCCACUCCCCCCGGUGGGGGAAAGAGCCCCAGCGGCUCCACUUCCGCCAGCGGCAUCCGCCUUUUCGGCAUCGAGUUCUCCCACGAACCCGACGUCGUAGAGGAUGAGGCUUCCACCAAGGACACGGCUAGCAAUGUCACCAGCGGCGGCGCUGCGGCGGCGGAGACUACCCGCAAGUUCGAGUGCCACUACUGCUGCCGAAACUUCCCCACAUCGCAGGCCCUAGGCGGUCACCAGAACGCCCACAAGCGCGAGCGGCAGCACGCCAAGAGAGCUUACCUCCAGUCGGCCAUGGCGGCCCAGCACCACCAGGCCCACGGCUACGGGAUCGUGAACUACCACCACCUCAACUCCAUCCCAUCUACCGCUCGCUUUGGCGUUGGCCACAGCUUCGAGUCGCCGCCUUCAUGGAACGGUGCAGCACCUGGUGGGGGUCUUGUGGGAGCUCGCUUCUACGGUGGUCCCGGAUCCGUUUCUCAGCCCAUCAACGGCAGCCCGCUGCCGGGGAUGUGGAGAAUCCCCCCAGUGCAUGGCAGCCGUGGCUUCCCCUCGACGCAGAGCGGCCUGUCGACGGUUCUACCUCUACUCGGAAGCGAGGAUUUGAGGGCAGCUGGAGGAGGUAGGAUGGAACUCGGCGGUGGAGGCGCCGCCAUCGCCAGGUCGGUUUCCUCGGCUCCGUCGCCGCAGGGUCGAUUUGUGUAUGAAUCGGCCGCUGCAGGAGUGAAGGAACACUUGAGUCUGGAUUUGCGUUUGUAA